CUGUUUUUCGCCCCAACUUCAGACACAACAAGAGCGUUUCCAGACAUGGCAGUUCGACACGGAGUAUCGGGGCGACACCUUCACAGCUACUUUCACCCUUGGCAAUCCUGACAUCAUCAACGACUCAGUCAUCCUCGUAGCACACUUUCUCCAGAGCGUCACGCAGAACCUGGUCCUUGGGGGUGAAAUGGUUUAUCACCGCAGGCCGACGGAGGAAGGAGCCAUCUUCACCUUGGCUGCCAAAUACGCAACCUCGCAGUGGGUUGGUACGUUGAACAUCGGCCGAGGCGGGGCACAUGCCAGUUACUACCAUCGGGCCAAUGAUCAGGUUCAGGUGGGGGUGGGAUUUGAGGCCAGCACCCAGACCCAGGACACCACCUUCUCACUCGGCUACCAGCUGGACAUCCCCAAGGCUAACGUGGUGUUCCGAGGAUCUCUGGACAGCAACUGGGUGGUGGGAGGGGUCCUGGAGAAGAAGCUUGCCCCCUUGCCUCUGACCCUUGCCCUCGGCACCUUCAUUGACCACUUGAAGAAUAAGUUGCAGUAUGGCUUCACGGUGACAGUCUGUUGAUGGUGGGGUGGAGGGGGGAGAGGCGAAGGGUUGGACCCAGGCCGAGUCGACACUGACGGACUCACCGUGCCCGUGGGAUCUGCCAGAGACAUGUAUUGGAGCAGCAUUCUUGAAAUCCGGACUCCGGAACACUCUGGGCAGCCGAGCCGUCUGUAACCUCUCUGGAACCUGUCUCUGGGGUCCGAUCAGUCAUCUGUCUCCGCGGGAGAGGAGUUGAUGAAGGGGAUAGCAGCCAUAUCAGGGGCGCAGUGGCCAGCUGUGAUGCUCCCAGUGUGUUCUGACCCAGGGAUACGGAGACCAGAACUGUGCAUGGGGCUCCCAGUGUGGUCUGACCCAGGGGUACAGAGACCAAAACUGUAACAGCGUCGGCCGGAUCAGUGGCACCAUGACUAGCUCCAUUGUACAUCAGGGAAGGACAAAUUCUGUACAAGCAAUAGUGAAGGGGGACAUGAUGGUUACAGGCACGGACAACGUUCCUGUGGCCGCAACCAAGUCUCCAGGAUGGUGCGUGGCCUCGCUGGUGCCAGCGUCAUGGAUGUCACAGCAUGCAAACAGGCCCUUCGGCCCAACUGUCCAUGCUGACCACGGUGCCUUCCUGAGCCAGUCCCAUCUGCCAGUGUUUCGCCCAUCUUCCCCUAAACCCCUCUUAUCCAUGGACCUGUCCAAGUGUCAUUUAAAUGUUGUCAAUGUACCUGCCUUGACCACUCCCUUCGGCAGCUCGAUCCCUGUACUGACCACCCUCCGCACGAAGAAUUUGCUGCUCAGGUCCCUAUUAAAUCUCUCACCUUGAACCGUUGCCCUCUAGUUUUUGGUUCCCUUUCCCUGGGAAAAGACUGUGUGCAUCCACCCUAUGAAUCUCCCCCUCCGUCUCCUACACUCCAAGUUCUCUCCUUGUAACUCAGGCCCUCGAGUCCCGGCAACAUUCUGGUAAAUCUUCUCUGCCCUCUCUCCAGCUCAGUGACUUUUUUCCUACAGCAGGGUGACCAAACCUGCACUUAAUACCCCGAGUGCGGUCUCGCCAAUGCCUGUUACAAGUUGACGUCUUCGAGUGGGCACAGGACUUUCAGAGAGGGGAGGGUGAGCAGUCAGAGGUUGUUGUCCACGUUGGUACUAACGACAGAGACAGGAAGGGAGAUGAGGUCCUGAAAAGGGAAGUUGGAUUGAAAUGAAAAGCAGGACCUCCAGGGUUGUGAUCACUGCAUUACUCCCUGCGCCUCCUGCGAGUGAGGGUAGCUGUGGGAAGGGAGGGCAGAUCAAUGUGUGGGUGAAGAGCUGUUGCAGGGGGAAGGGCUUCUGGUUUUUGGAUUAUUGGGACCUCUUCUGGGGCAGAGUGACCUAUACAAAGAGGACAGGGAGGUUUGCUGGUGCUACAUAGGAGGCUUUAACCUCAUGAGGGACAGGGGUGGGACCCAGAACGACAGGUGGGGAGAUGGGAUUGUGUGUAGAUCAUAGGUGGAGGGAGUUGAGUGGAGAGAGCAGACAGACAGGAGGGAAGUACGAGAAGGUCGGUGGCUUAACUACUUGAAUGCAAGGAGCCUCGGGGUAAGGUGGAUGAGGCGGGAGUGUGGACCAGCACGUGGGAUUACGGAAACGUGGCUGAGGGAAGGGCAGGACUGGCAGCUCAGUGCUCCGGGGUAGAGAGGUUUCAGGCGGAGGAGGAGGGGGGGUGAUGAGGGAGAGCACUACAGCCAGACUCAAGGAGGUUAUCCCGGAGGGAUCGGCCAGUGAGGCCAUGUGUGCAGAACCCGGGAAAGAGAAAGGGCGGUCACGGGGGUGGGGUUAAACUGCAGACUGCCCAGUGGUCAGUGGGCACUAGAACAGAUGUGGGUGGUAACGGUGGGGGAGUUUGACGUUCCCAAUGUUGCCUUAUAUGGGGAGCUUAUAUGGGGAGGAAUUUGCAAAAUGCAUUCGAGUUUUUUGUUAAAGCAGAAGGUCAACAGUCCAGGAGUCCACAGAAGCUGGAAUCCGCAGCAAAAAGCAAAGUGUUGGAGGAACUCAGUGGGUCAGGCAGCGUCUGUGGGGGCAGAGGGAUGGUUAACAUUUCAGGUCAGGAUGCUGCAGGACUGAGAGUGUGGCGAGGGGAUAGCCGGUACACAGUGAGAGAGGGGCUGGGGGGG